GUCCGCUUCUCGGCCGGCCAGUCCGGCGUCGUCAGUCAGUCGGCGGCCCGACGCCCCGCUUGCGCUCGGCACCCGAGUUCGCCUCGCUCAGGCCCAGCGGCCGGAGCUAGCGCCCCGCCUGAGAGCCUUCUAGCUCCGGCAGCGCAGGCACCCGGAUCAGAGCGUCGCAGCAGCCCGAGGGGAGGCGAGCUAGCGAGUCUAAGGGGUGGCUGAGGCAGGUGGUGGCGCCGUGAAGAUGGUCGCCAAGCAGCGAAUCCGUAUGGCCAACGAGAAGCACAGCAAGAACAUCACCCAGCGGGGCAACGUCGCCAAGACUUCGAGAAAUGCCCCCGAAGAGAAGGCGUCUGUAGGACCCUGGUUAUUGGCUCUCUUCAUUUUUGUCGUUUGUGGUUCUGCAAUUUUCCAGAUUAUUCAAAGUAUCAGGAUGGGCAUGUGAAGUGACUGACCUUAAGAUGUUUCCAUUCUCCUGUGAAUUUUAACUUGAACUCAUUCCUGAUGUUUGAUACCCUGGUUAAAAACAAUUCAGUAAAGCAUCCUGCCUCAGAAUGACUUUUCAUAUCAUCCUUCAUUUGUCAUUCCAAGGUUUCUCCAUGAGUCAUUCCAAGUUUUCUAGUCCAUACCACAGUGCCUUGCAAAAGCACCACAUGAAUAAAGCAAUAAAAUUUGAUUAUUAAGCUAUAGUAGUGGACCCUACUUAUUCAGUCAGUAAAGAGUAAGUUUUCUUAAUGUGGUUGUUAAAACCCUAUCCAGUAUAGAUAGAUAAUUAGAUUAAAUCUAUGUAGACAGAGUCUAGAUUUUGUUAACCCUAAUGUGUACAUGCAAUUAGUUUAAUUUAAAAUUUGGAGUCAUGGUUUUUAUAUAGCUAGGCACUUUAUUACUAUAUCUUGAAAGCACACUCCCAUAUAGGGUAAUGUCACUGUCCUGUAAUAAAGUGCUUAUAAAUGGAACAACUACACAGUUAGCCUCGUUUUCCCAUAAUCUUUAGCACCUAAAAUUUUUUAAAAGCUUCUAAAUGCCUAAUAUAAAAGGAGAUGCUUAUAGCUACAAUAUCUAUUUUAACAAUAUUAUUUCUAUUACACUACCUUGGAUUUUGCAUGAGUAGUUAUACUAAUGUAAAAUGCCAUAAGAAAACUUGGUUGAGCGUUUUGUAACUUAAUCAGUAACUUCAGUUUCACUAAAAGCUACCAUGUGGAGUAAAGUCAGGGAAAGUUUGUUUAUGUCACCAUUGAUUUUACCAUAAUUAAUAUAUCAAAGGGGUCUACUAUGCUAGACAAUAUUUUGGGGAAAAAUACUACUAAAAAUGGAUGUUUCAUCAGGACAUCCUGAUGAGUCUAAUGUGCCAUAAGACAUCUUAGCACGUUAAUAGCACUUUUAAUACCAAAAAGGCACAUCAACUAAAAAGUUACUUCGUUUGGAAAUAAUUUUCUGGGUUUAUGAUUAAAAUUUUGGUAGGGCACUAGAUACAUCAGACUAAAGUGCCAUCUGGAAUCAAAUGGAUUUGCUGAUAAGGAUCAGUCUUUAGUCUUCCCUUUGUUGUAUAAUUUUAUAGGUUAUGAUUGAUCAAAGUUUCUUUUUACUAAUGGUAAGGGUGAGAAGGCAGGUUUUAGGUUUUCUGAUACUGUUGAAAAUUGUAAGUUUUGGCUGUUUACUUAGCCAUAACUUGAUUAAAAAAAAAACAAACCUGAGAGGUGUCUAUGUAUCAAUGAAUUGGAAAGAAAGCUGCUUGUUUGCUUUGUUAAUUGCCUCAGGAUAUCUCUUUUAAAAUAAGCUGUUUUAAGAGGAACAGAAGGGAAAUCUACCUAGUCAUACACAUUGUGAACCUCAGAGUUUCUGAUACCCCUCAAUAUAGGGGACGAGUGAGGGAGAGGAGUAGUUAAGGAUGCUUAGGAACUUGACUACUCUAAAACAGGAAAGGAAGGAAUCAGCUGACCUUGGGCCAGCAGGUUUUUAUCUGCAGUUACCUGCCUUUCUCACCCAGGAAAUAAACACUUGUUUCCCUAUGAAGCAAGUGUCUUGAUUGACUAAUUCUAUUUUAUUAUAACUUUAAAAAUGAAAGUUACUGUUCUAAAUUUAUAGCAGGUGCCUUAUUCUUUGCUUUGAGUCAAACCAUUCCGUAUAAAAAUUUCCCUUGGUUUACUAUAAAUAAUUGGCUUUAAGAUGUUAGGGUUUUGUUUUUUUUUUUAAGUUGUACAAUGUCUUUAUUGAUUUGACUGUUAAAUUGCUACAGCUAGCAAUCAUUUUACAUAUGUAAAGUUGCAUUCCUUUUGUAUUUCAUGUGUGAUUUCCUAAUUGAGUACAUUUUAUAUUAAGGAUGGAUUAUGCAUGUUUGGGUCAAUGAAAGCUAUGUCUUGAUUUAUCCUUUAAAAAUAAAGUUCCCAGAAUAUUUGAUUCCUUCUGAAAGGAAAUGAUUUUACAGAUUUCUUAUCUGAGUGUACUUUUUAUAGUUAAUAGAAAAUUAAAGAAUGCUUAGUAUUAUGUUGUACUUGAGUUAAAAGAACUGGUACCCAGAGACUCAGAUUAAAAACUUAUAACUGGAAAUAGGUAGCAAGAAAAACAUUAAAAGUAUAGGGGUGCCUGAGUGGCUUGGUGAAUUAAGCGGCUGACUCUUGAUAGCAGCUCAGGUCAUUAUCUUAUGGUUCAUGAAAUCCAGCCCUGUCUUGGGCUCCAUACCGACAAUGCAGAGCCUGCUUGGGAUUCUCUCUUUCCCUCUCUCUCUGCCCCCUUCCCUGCUUGCACACUUGCGCUAGCCUGCUCUCAAAAUAAAAGUAAAUUUUAAAAAAAGGAAAACAUGAAAAGCACAGUGAAUUAAACACUUCUCCACCUAAGAUUUACCCUCAUCUCAUUAUCAUUCAAGAAGUCUCAUUCAAGGAAAAAUCACAGUUCUUUUGAUCUCCCUUUCCCAAUUGAAUUUGGUGUCAUCCAGUGUUGAACAUAGUAUGAUGAUGCUUUGUUGGGGGUUGUCUACACUGUGUCCAAUUAGGCUUUGUAACUUAGGUAUAACGUUUCAAGGAGUUGUUCAGGAUUUCACUGUAUCUGUUGGGUUGUAUGUAAUGUUGCUCAGAAUAACCAAGUGGGCUUCCAGAAUGUGGAAAGAUUUUCAUUGUAACAGGAUGUUUUGUAAUGGGCUUUGACUUACUUGGAAGAAGUGUGUGUGCUCAACUGCAGGGUGGUCGCUCUUACUGAGGUUUGUGGUGUUUUGCUGGCAUAAAGGAGGACCCUGUAGAGGUGGAUUAUGCUCUUGGGAGGUUCAUCAAAAUUUUAUUGCUCUUAGAGCAUCUGAAAUUUAGAACAUCAAAUUUUCUAAUUAGAAAUUCUUUUGAAAUUUGAUUUGUCUUUACCUACCUUUAACUUACUGUUUUAGAUGCAAACCAGAACUUCAAGAAGCAGGAGUUGGGUUCAACAGCAAAUUCUUUGUAACUCCCUUAGAGAACCCUUUCCUAUCUAAACUUCAUCCCACUGUAGCUACUUGUACUGCUUUAUCUUCAAGUUGAAUUAGGAGAAAAAUGUCCUAAUUUGAAAAGAGUACGAAUGAGCAGUAAAAGGCUAGAAGUCACGCUGAAGGGGAAAACUCAACUGUCAGGACUUGGAUAUUACAGAAUCAUAAGUAUGGAAAGGACAUGAGCAAUUUAGUCCAAUCGCAUUUAUUCAAUGAAUAUUGAGUAACUUAUGUGCCAGAUAUCGAGUUAGAGCUGUGAAAACAGUCCCAGCACUUAGGUAUUUUUCAGUCCAGUAGUGGGAGAAAAGACAAAGUGAAAACCGUAAUUGUGGUCAGUAUUUCAAAGGAAAAGUAAAACCAGAUAAAUGGUGUCUGCUCUCACAAAGCUAGCUGAGGCAGAGCAGAAACUAGAACCAAGGUUUCCAGACUCAACUGUACCCUAGAGAAACCAUAGGAAUGAUUGCAAAACGUCUAUACAGAGCACUUCUGUUUUCAUGAGCUCUUUACUUCUGCAUUUAGAAAAAAAAUCUUAAUGAAAAAAAAAAUGUUUUUGCAUGUUGCCAAUUCAAAGAAGAAAAAAAACUUGUCCUUUUAUAGAUGCAAUUUCUUUUGAAAAUGAAUUUGUGACAAUUUUACUAUUGAUGUUUCCUGUAUAGCACAAAAAUAGAUCAAAUCAGUAAUGUUAUCCACUGUAACAUAUUCAAGAGUACAUUUUUAACAAAUAUUUUGCUAUAUAUUCUUCUGUAUUUUGUUUUAAAAUUUUCAUCUGUGAUGUUGAAAAAUCUUACUUGAUAGUCUGGUAGCCAAAAAUAAAUGCAGUCAUGUGCCCUC